AGCGUCAAAUUGUAAACACUCUUACUUCUGCUUUGGAUCAGCUCGCGUUUCAGUCUUGAGCUCUGACAUGAACAUUACAGUUCAUAUUUCAUUGGACUUUACACCGGCAACUGAGAGGUUGAGUGUUAAUACCGCAAAGUGCUCUUAUUACUUUACUUUACACGCUGCUGGGCAUGGUAUAGUACGGCUUGUAGCUAGCUCGCACAUGUAUUCAGUCUUGCAAACUCGUUGACGCCUGUCCUACUUUGAGCAACAAUGGUGUUUUCUUUGGUAAGCCUUUGUGCCACUGAGGUGGUAAGUGACCACAGCUCGUCCCCCUGCUGGCUCAAAUGGAUACCCAGAGAAUUGUACAGACCGCUGUUGGAGGCCGCGUUUAGCAGCAACAGACCGCUGGCUGUGGGCGAGCUCGUUCAGCGGUGGCCUGAACGAACCUUACGUGUCGGACGCAGAAAACGAGGAGCAACUUCCCCAAAUAGACUGUGCAUACAAGCGCUCCUACUGGCUGUUGUCAGGGGACUCUCAGAUCAAAGGAGUGUCCUACAGUUGCUGGAUCUUUGUGGACAGCAAGGAGAUGAGGGAAGUCUGGGUGAUCCAAUGGGUGGCUGGUCCCUGACUGUGGCAUUGUGCACUAUGGUUGUUCAAGCUCGAGCUGGAGCUAAAAGGAUCCAGAGAAAAGAAGGAGAACGUGAAAGAAAGAGGUUCUCGGCUCUGCAGAGAGAGUCAGACGUUAAGAGAGAGAGGGCAGAUGUAGUGGAAAACAUCAGCAUGGUAUCAUCAGAAAUAAAGUCUGAGGAAGUGCUGACAAAGGGUGUGAGAAGGAGGAUGGAGAUGGAGAAGAAGGGUGUGGGUCCAUCAGGAGCCGAAACAGGCACCAGAAUAGAUUGUGAUGAUGAUAAAGAUGCAGAUGUUUUAGUACACGUGAGAGCUGAUCUUUUUGUCAAUGCCCGAUCCUGGGAACGUGUUCGUGCAGCGCUAAGCACUCAAGGACCACUCAAACUUCAGUGUAGAUAUCUCCGCAUUGAAGAAAUUUCAGUAUCAAGCAUCAAGACACUACUUGACAUUCUACCCCACCAGUUUCUUCUUGGGAUGGAUGUGAGAUACAGUAGUCUUGGAGUGGCUGGCUUAGCAGAGCUCCUGCUUCCCCUUUCCACCUUCCCUGCACUGGAAUCUCUUAGCUUGCACUACUGUAAUUUAGAUCUCAGAAGAGACCUUCAUGGACAGGAAGAGGCACUAAAAGACCUUUCACAGGGGUUGAAACAGCUCCAUCGCCUCAAAUGUCUUAGCCUCACUGCACUACGGCUGCCAGGUCAACUUCGAGUGCUGCUAAGUUCCUUGCCUCAACCCUUGGAGAUUCUUGAACUUCCGUAUUUGAGCCUAAGCCCUGCAGACCUGGCAUAUCUCUCUUGCAGCCACCACGCAUCAACUUUACAACAGCUGGACUUGAGUGAGAAUCGACUAGAUGAAACCACACUGCCCUCUGUACGACGUCUUCUCUCCCAGGCCUCCAGCAGCUUGCAGCACUUGUCGUUAAGUGGCUGUAGCCUGACUGACCACCUGCUGGGUCUCCUGCUGCCCUCUUUGGGAUGUUGCAUUGCUCUGAAAAGCUUCGCUUUUGCCCUGAACCCACUCUCUAUGUCUGGACUUAUGGAGUUGGUAAAGACUGCAGUGAGGAUGCAUAGUCUUCGUCAGUUAUUGUACCCAAACCCACUGGAGGAUUACCAGCCGGGCCUCCCGGACCUUCCCUCCAGUGCUCAGCUUUUAGACUGGCCACUGGAUGAGACAACAGAGUUCAACACUACCAGCACACAGCUCAACAGAGUGCUACUGGAUAAUGGGCGUUCUGACCUCCUUCUCACGUGUGACCUUCUCAAUUAUCAUAACAACUUAAAAGAUGAAUGAGGCAAAAAGUUUUGUCAUUAAAAAAAAGAUACUUACAGAUUUGCAAUGGGAGUCUCAUAUUUCAGACUGUCUCAGGUUACAAUCUGUGGCAUAAACAAUUCAGAUGUGUGGAUGAUUAUGCCUUGGUUGCUGUUAUUGAAAGAAAUAGUAACUAUCUCUUCAUGUGCCUUACUUAAACACGUACCAAAUGCCAAUACCAUAAUCAAAUGUUCGAUAAUGGCACUGCUCAUGAUUCUUGCAUAUAUUUGAACUAGCUUGUUUUCUUACUGGAUCUGUCUUAAAAUGAAUGAAUACUGUUUGUUUUAUUCAACUUGUGUAUUAAGUAGAAUGUGUAGCCUGCAUUAAAACAGUGUAUCAAAUCACCAUGGUCAAAUCCUAUCCUACAUAAUAAUAAAUCACAUUAAAGCAGUGACG